UGUUUCACAAAUAAGAAGAAUGCAGGUAGGCGAGGGCGGCUGCUUCCUGGAGACCGCGGGUGUAGAAGCGAGCGCCAGCCCCCUUAGCCGACGGGCUUCUGAAGCUGGCAGGAUGAAUGUGGGGGUGGCACACAGCGAAGUCAACCCCAACACUCGAGUGAUGAAUAGCAGGGGCAUCUGGCUGGCCUACAUCAUCUUGGUAGGACUGCUGCAUGUGGUUCUACUCAGCAUCCCCUUCUUCAGCAUUCCUGUUGUGUGGACCCUGACCAACGUCAUCCAUAACUUGGCUAUGUAUGUCUUCCUACAUACGGUGAAAGGUACACCCUUUGAGACCCCUGACCAAGGAAAGGCUCGGCUCCUGACACACUGGGAACAGAUGGACUAUGGGCUCCAAUUUACCUCUUCCCGCAAAUUCCUCAGCAUCUCUCCUAUUGUACUCUACCUCCUAGCCAGCUUCUACACCAAGUAUGAUGCUGCUCAUUUCCUUAUCAACACAGCCUCACUGCUCAGCGUACUGUUGCCUAAGUUGCCCCAAUUCCAUGGGGUUCGUCUCUUUGGCAUCAAUAAAUACUGAGGGAUGGGGCUGGGAACGACGUUGGAACAAAAGGCUGUAACAUCCUUCCCUUCAUACUGUCUUCUAUAUCUUGAAAGCUUGAAAACUAUACAACUUUUCCCAAACUCCCAGGAAGAGAACAGGUUGGGAAAUGGGGCUCCCUGGGCCCAGCCCUGCUACGAGCAGGCUUCUUUGAAUCAAGGAAGUCAGUGAGGUAAAGGACAAAUCACUCUCCUCCACAGCAAGAAGCCAUGUUUGGGAAGCUUGUUUGGUGAUUAACGUUUUUCCAUAUCUUCCACCCCAUCACCUUCCAGUUCUGUUUUGCUGUGUUUUCCUUAUAAUAAAGAUUUUUUUUUUU